UCUCUCCCUACUUCUGCUCAAGACAGUGGAACCAACCCACAGAACGACAGAGAGACCAUGAAGAGCCUGUUACUCCUCUCCAUCCUGGCUGUCUUAGCUAUGGCAACCUUGUGUUAUGAAUCUCAUGAAAGCAUGGAAUCCUAUGAAAUUAGUCCCUUUAUAAACAGGAGAAAUGCAAAUAUCUUUAUAUCACCACAACAGAGAUGGAGAGCUAAAGCCCAAGAGAGGGUUCGAGAACGCACCAAGCCAGCCUAUGAGAUCAGUCGGGAAGCUUGUGAUGACUACAAACUUUGUGAACGCUAUGCUAUGGUUUAUGGAUACAACGCUGCCUACAAUCGCUAUUUCCGGCAGCGCAGAGGGGGCAAAUGAAAUUGGAAAGUCUCUUUCCUGAGCCUGGAGGCUGAUUUUGUAUUCCCUUGUAGUAGCAUCAUUGAACUACAUAAACACAUACCAAUAGCUUGUUUCUUAAAUGUCCUCAUCUGGCUGCACCCUCCUUCCUGCCCCCAAAAUACUAAUGAAUGUCUGUGUAGCAAAGGUCACAGGGAGUGAAAAUGUGUGAUUAUUACACAAUAAACUUUUGUU